GAGGAGGCGAGAGCGGUGGGCGCUUCAUCCCGGCCACGGCCCGGUCCGGCUCGGGAGUGCGCGGAGCAUCGGAGACCCUCGGCCUGGUGGGACAACGCCAUGGGCCCCGCCGACGCGCCGUCCGCCCUGGCGCUCAGGGCUGUGGGCCCUGCGGCCGCCACCCCGUACGGUGUCUUCUGCAAGGGGCUCUCCCGCACCCUGCUCGCCUUCUUCGAGCUGGCCUGGCAGCUGCGCAUGAACUUCCCGUACUUCUACAUCGCGGGCUCCGUGAUCCUCAACAUCCGCUUGCAGGGUUUCUCUGGAAUUGGCUAUGUAUUCCAGGCUAGCCCAAAACUCAUGACCCUGCCAUCACCUUCUGAUUACUGGGUUUACUGAGCUGUGGCAACAAAAGGCUUCAUACUUGCUAGCCUUCAUACUUGCUUCUGUGACAUUUUAAAUGUCACAGAAGUUCCAGGGCUUUUUGCCUAAGCUUCCCAUUGCUAAAAUUUAAAGGGCAAAUAAGUGCUCUGAAGGAAAAAAAUAGUCAAUGUUUUAUUAACAAAGAAAUAUACCUGAUGUUUUAAAGUAUCAGAAAAUUCCAAUUGUUAUAGGGCAGAAAGAGUGACCACAGAGAGAAAGAGCUAGAAACUUACUUUAGUCAGUAAAGGACAUUCUCUAAAAGCCUGAAGACCCAAGUUUGAUCCCCAGAGCCUAAAAACCCAGGCUUGGUUGCAUGAUUGCAACCCCAAUACUAAGGAAAGGCAGAGACAGAUCCCUGGGGUUCUCUGGCCAGCCUACUUGGCAAAGUUUCAGAACAUUGGAAGACAAUGUUUUCAACAAUAAUAUGGACAAUGCCUGAGGAUUUACAUUCAGUGUUGAACCUCAGGUCACCUCCUACAUUAUCUCACAAUAUGAUUCCCUGCUUUAAUUCUAUAUUUUUUUAAUCCACUGAGUUCAAUCAUCCAGAUUCCUAAAGAAAACAGGCAAUAGCCAUCUGCUUAUAGCUCUUCAGCUCAGGCUGGGGCCUAAGGACCUCUUCCUUAUUCCAUGAUGGAGACAUUGAAGAGGCUUGAUCUGGUACUGGUCUAGUGUACUUAACCACAGCUUCUGUGACCUCUUGUAUACAACAGCCAUGUCAUAUAUAUAAAAUUUGCAUUUCAUAACACCCUUCCUCAUACUGUCCUAAAUUCUUUAUCUUUCAUGGUGAGAUCUUAAUAUAUCAAGUUGGGGUAGACAAAUUAACAAUUAUAUUG